GGCAAGCAGAGUUAUGUGUGUGUGUGUGUGUGUGUGCAGGGAGAUAUCGUGGAACAGGAAGAGAAGAUAGUGGCGCCUUCUCGUACACAGGGCUCUCCCGCUGUGCAGCGAGCUGCUCUCCCGUCCCCCGCUGAAGGUCCCUCUCAUGGGCAGAGUGAAGGCCAAGCCUGGGCCCUUGGCCCGGAGGCCAGACAACUCGGCUUUCAAGCAGCAGCGGCUCCCGGCCUGGUCUCCCAUGCUGACUGCCAACACGGUGCUGCCGUUCUUCUACUUCAUGGCGCUGAUCUGCAUGCUGCUGGGAGUGUGGCUGCUGCUCACAGUUCAGAGCACACGGGAAAUGAAGCUGGACUACACUGAGGCCGGGACAUGUGACCGGUGUUUUGAAAUGCGUAAAAAUGUGAGCAACGCCGGGGAGGGCUGCAGCUGCAAAGCGGUGUUUUCCCUCGAGAAACCCUUCAAGGGAGACGUCUUUUUCUACUACGGCCUCAAAAACUUCCACCAGAACCUCCGUCGGUACAUGGACUCCAGAGAUGAUGGACAGAUGGUCGGCAGGAAGACGAACUUGAAGAACCCCAGUUCUUAUUGCAGUCCGUUCAUCAGAGACCAGAAUGGACUCCCCAUCGCCCCCUGUGGUGCUGUGGCCAACAGCAUCUUCAACGACACCUUCACUCUGUUCCACCACGACUCCAGCGGCAAGUCAUUUAAGGUUCCUUUGCUGCGGAGAGGCAUCACGUGGUACACCGACAAGAAUGUCAAGUUCCGCAACCCCAAGGUGGACAACCUGACGCUGGCUCAAGUGUUUCAGGGCACAGCAAAGCCCCUGUACUGGCAGAGGCCGGUGUACGAGCUCGACCAGGCCGACCCGACCAACAACGGCUUCAUCAACGACGACCUGAUCGUGUGGAUGAGGGAGGCAGCCUUCCCCAACUUCAAGAAGCUCUACGGGGUUCUGUACCGAGCCGACGAGCACUUCACUCAGGGGCUUCCGGCAGGGAGCUACAGCAUCGAGAUAAACUACAACUUCCCCGUGCAGCAUUUCCGAGGCAGGAAGGAAGUGGUGCUGACCACGCUGACCUGGUUCGGAGGUCAGAACCAUUUCCUGCCCAUUGCCUACCUGGUAACCAGCAGUCUGAUCCUGCUGAUCGCGGUCACCCUCACGGUGGUCUGGUGGAAGUUCGGGAAGAACGGGAAGAACAUGGAGGAAUGAAAGGGUAAACAGUAUAAAAACCGCACCGCUUCGGAGCUGUUUAUAUUUUUUUCAAAUAUUAAUUUAUUGCAAAAAAUGACUGAUUGAAUUACAUAAAUGAUAAAUCAUACAUCUUUAUCGGCCAAAUGAUCCACGUGACAGAUUUAGUUGCGGAAGCUGAGUGUUGACACAAUCUUACUCUACCUGUUGGCUGUAUUUGAUAAACUUUUGCUUUCUAAAAGAAAAAUAUGCACACCAUGUUGUUCAUGUACUGUUAAUAUUUAUUCGGAUAAUGAUAUUUAUUAUAAUUAUUACAUUGAUGACUUACUCAGACCCGGUCUCCGGCGUUGCAUUUCAAGUCUCGGUGAAUACAAAUUGAAAAAAAAAAACAAAUCUGUGAAGUGAAUAAAGUUUUUUAAAGGUUAA